AUGUCCAAAAGGCUAGCUAGUCAAGUUACCAGCUACAUCAGCGUCGGCUUCCAGGCGUUUUUCACUGCAGCUAUCCUGUUACUAUUCUGGCUCUCCAGAAGUGUUGCUAUAGAUGACGCUAUUCGCCAUCCUCGAACACUGGUAGAGCUCGACAUGCGCCUUCAAGCAUGGGCUGGUCUAGGACCUUCACUGACGAACUGGUUGUACGAACCCGGACGCGUGCUUAGUCGAUUAAACACAACUUUUUCGAUUAUACCUCUGUACUUCGUUGCGGGAACUGUGCUUCAAAUCACAUCAUCAGGUGUAUUGGGCGUUAACGUGUACAACUAUACAUCGACGACCACAGAUGAUUAUGCUGCUAACAACCAUAUGGGUUCAUAUUCUGGGUUAGACGAUAUCUUCGGCAACAGAGGGCUUACUUGGUCGUUCGUCGCGCAGGAUAACAUCGGACUGUGGCAGGCUGCUCGACAAAAUAUGUUUCUUCCGGAUAUCAAUAAUACUCAGACGCCUGGACUUCAAGGGCGCCUCCUCCAUGACAUACCGAAUGUCCUUCGGAAAACGUUUGAUUUAGCUCAUGUGAAUGGUACGAGGAUAAAUGUCCAGUGUAGCCAACCUCAAGAUGUCCUUAUGGAGGCGUUACUGCUUCCUCAAGGCAUUGAUGACACCCUGGUCGCCCUUCGUUCCAAUGGCAGCAAAUACGUUAGCAACGCAACUAACACCGAUUAUGAUGACCAAGUCUGGUUGAACGUGUCAAUGUCCGUGCCGCCGUAUUGGGACAGCCGUGUGCCAGGUCUCAACUUCUCAAGCAUGUGGUCCCAGUUGCCCUAUUCCUUUGAGACUGACCAGACGAGUAUGGAGUUACCGACCAAAAUUAUCCUUCAAGAUUGGGCCUUUUCCAACAACACAAAUGUUUCGAUCGGUCAUCAUCAGGUUAUUUUUGCUCUUGUGACGGGAGAUCCCUCGGUUCUGAUUCGCGAUUCCAACAACUCGACCGGUGUAUACAGUAAUUUUACCAUUAUACCCAGGCGGAACGUAAGCGACUGUCUACACUGGUGCGAUUUUUGGGAGAGCACAGAUUGCGGCAGUCGUUGUAAGCCCCAACCUGUGCCGGGAUACAUGCAGGUUAUCGGGUGUUCCAUGCAUACGACUCAGGUGAACGUCUCUGUUACGGAGACCGGAUUGUUAGCGGAAGAGUUCACUCAGAGAGAGCACUCUCCGCAUGAAUGGGGUUCGUUUGAGUGGGAGCAACAGAGCGAGGUUAUUAUGGAUCGUCAAUUUCUUAUUACCUUCAGUCCUGCACCAUCGUUCGACGAUCCUACAGGACAAGUGGCAAUUGAUAGAGGGUAUACAGGUGCAGAAAGGCUGAUGAAAAGAGCAUUGGUUGGCUCGGACGGUUGGCAACCGACAGGGAUGAACUUGAGUCGACUGGAGAGCGACAUGGAGCUGCUAUCUGCGAGUUACUUUUGGAACUACUGGCAGGCCUGUGAUUUUCCCAAGGCGCUCACGCCUGAUUAUGUGGAAUGCGAUUCGUUUCGGUUCCUGACCGCCUCGAAUUGGGACAGGUGGGUUCCGGCUGACUUAACGAGGACGGAGACGAAGGCGAGGUUGGAGGUGGUGAUAUGGAGAGCUACGGUUAGUGUGGGGUGUUCGUUGGUGAUGGUGGUACUGGCGGUGGGUUUGUUGGGGAUGAAGACGGAUUUGAGCCCUGGAGAUUCGUUGAAGGGAACGAGGUUUGGGGAGACGGUCGCCUUAAUGCGUGGGUCGGGGCUGCCGGGAAUUGUGGCUGAUAAGGGUGUGGGUCGGGUACCGUUAAGGUACGGAGUCAGUAAAGACGGAUCCGGAACCAAUUUAGAUGGGGCCGACGUUGAUCGAACCUGA